GAACUAAGAAAAGGAAUAAAGAAAACCACAGACCAGAAAUAUACUUAAACAAUAUGGCCGAUGCACGCUAUUGUAAAAAUAACGAAAAAGUGUUGUGUUUUGUAAGAAUUAAGUGAUUAUAUGACUAUUUCUAAGUUAGAUUUAGUGAUAAAAUGGCUACAAAAACUUGGAAAAUUGAAAAGGACCUGUGUCGGUGCUGUCAUGCGGAGGGUGCUUUCGACAACUUGGCGGAGCCGCGUACCUUCCUGGAUAAAGUAGAAGUUUAUUCAGACAUGCUUAGAGAAUGCCUUGAUAUUGACAUUCCCCCUGUGCCUGGUGAACUAUGCGCCAUAACCUACACAAUAUGCAAUGCAUGCAUCGCCCGGCUGAGGGAUGCGUGCAACUUCAAGAAGCAAGUGCAGGACUGCGAACAGAGAUUCAUGACUUUAUACUACAAGAAUGCUAUACAAGGACUCAAACCAGCAACAAAAGUGAAGGAAGAAAUAGAAGUAUCCAUAGAACGGCCUCAGUCUGACACGGAAGCAGAUAACAUAGUUUUAAAGAAGGAAGAUGAAGAUGAUGACGACGACCACUUCUUGGGAGGCGACGACGACGAUGGCAUGAGUGAUGAUGACCUACCAAUCAAACCUCCCAAACAAUCUGUGUCCACCAUGAAGACCCGACCGAAGCCCAAACCGAAGCCCAAAGCUCCACCAGUGGUGAAAAAGCUGAAGCCACCACCGAAACCGAAGAAGAAGGAAGAACCGAAGCCGGCGAAGGAGAAAAAAGGGUGGAUACAACGUGUGAGACGCGGGAGGGAUUAUAGAACAGAUGGCGACGGAUUUAUCUGCUCCCACUGCGAAGAGUGGUUCGAAAAAGUGCGUCAUUUGUACCGCCACUUGCAUAAGGAACAUAUUGUGAACAAUACAGAGAAAGGCAAACGCAAAAAACUGAAGGUGAUAUACAAGAAAGAUUAUACAAUAGAUGGCGCUCAAUUCGUGUGCUCCCACUGCAAUCAGGCGUGUGAUAAAGUUAGUGCAAUCUGUCAUCACGUACGUACCAUACAUUUCAAUAUCGUCAAACCAAAACCAGUGGGUCGCCCAGUCAAACGCGUUAAAGAUUAUUUGACUGCUGGCGGCAAAUUUCUCUGCGCUCACUGCGACGAGACCUACGACGAAAUGUCUGAAUUAUUCACUCACAUACGUGAAGAACAUUACGAUGCACAGAAUCUCCAAGUCAAGAGCGGGAAAGACUACAAAAUGUUUGGCGACGAAUACCUCUGCACGCACUGCAAGAAAUUAUUCGAAAGAAUUAAGCCAUUGUACCUGCACAUCAUUACUGAUCAUUACAAGAUACCCAAUAACCAACUCUUAGUUAGAUCCGCGAGGGAUUACAUGAAAGAUGGCGACCGAUUCGUUUGCAGACAUUGCGAUAAAAUUUGCGUUACAAGCGAUCAUAUCUAUAAUCACUUGCGUAACGCCCAUUCCAUUAUCCAGAUCCCAAGAUACACUUGCGCGGUUUGUAACACGGGGUUCCAAACCGAGACCGAGUUCGUGAAACACAAGUUGGAGGAACACAAUCUAGACGAACGGUACGAGUGCAAAGCAUGUAACGCCAAAUUCAACGCGAAACACACAUUGUCAAAGCACGUCAGUGGUUUCCACUUGCAAGGGAAGAAACGGAAGUGCCCUUUGUGUGACUACGAAGCCUACCACGCGAAUAAUAUGAAUAGGCAUAUGUAUAUACAUAAGACAGAGAAGAGCUUUAAGUGUAAGUUUUGUAAAAAGGCCUACCUGAGGUUGGCAACAUUGCGUCUACACGAGCGUAUACACACAGGCGAUAGACGAUACAAAUGUCAAGUUUGCGACAAGACGUUCGUGCAGAAGGCGAGUCUUAACUACCACAUGGCCAAGUAUCACCCCGAAGUGAACUUUUAAAACAUAAUCAAUAUAAGCCUUAGUAUGUAUACACAUACGUAGUAUGUAUACAUAAGACAGAGAAGAGCUAUAAGUGUAAGUUUUGUAACAAGGCCUACCUGAGGUUGGCAACAUUGCGUCUACACGAGCGUAUACACACAGGCGAUAGACGAUACAAAUGUCAAGUUUGCGACAAGACGUUCGUGCAGAAGGCGAGUCUUAACUACCACAUGGCCAAGUAUCACCCCGAAGUGAACUUUUAAAACAUAAUCAAUAUAAGCCUUAGUAUGUAUACACAUACGUAGUAUGUAUACAUAAGACAGAGAAGAGCUAUAAGUGUAAGUUUUGUAAAAAGGCCUACCUGAGGUUGGCAACAUUGCGUCUACACGAGCGUAUACACACAGGCGAUAGACGAUAUAAAUGUCAAGUUUGCGACAAGACGUUCGUGCAGAAGGCGAGUCUUAACUACCACAUGGCCAAGUAUCACCCCGAAGUGAACUUUUAAAACAUAAUCAAUAUAAGCCUUAGUAUGUAUACAUAAGACAGAGAAGAACUAUAAGUGUAAGUUUUGUAAAAAGGCCUACCUGAGGUUGGCAACAUUGCGUCAUCACGAGCGUAUACACACAGGCGAUAGACGAUAUAAAUGUCAAGUUUGUGACAAGACGUUCGUGCAGAAGGCGAGUCUUAACCACAUGGCCAAGUA